ACAUUUCAGGCCUUGACUUUACCAUCUAACACUACAAUACAACAUUUGGCUGUCUGCUUGCUAACAAGCUCUGAAACUCAUACAACAUUCGAAGAGAAACAUGUCAAGUUUAAUCUUAUCUCCUGUUCCUACCUCCCCAAGAGAGGAUGCCAUUCAGCUUUACCGCGCUUUCAAGGGAUUUGGCUGCGAUACUGAAGCUGUCAUUAAGAUUCUUGCUCAUCGUGAUUCAAUGCAGCGUGCUCUGAUCCAACAAGAAUACAAUGCAAUGUACUCUACCGACCUUCUUAAAAAGCUGGUUUCGGAACUUAGAGGAAAAUUAGAGACAGCUGUUUUGCUAUGGAUGCAUGAGCCAGCAAGCCGGGAUGCUAUCAUAUUAAACGAGUCAUUAUCUCCGGACUUUCUUAAUCUUGAAGCAGCGACAGAAUUGAUAUGCACUCGUACGGUUCCUCAAUUACAGACUUUGAAGCAACUAUAUUAUUCAAAGUUUGAAACUCAUAUUGAGCGUGAUAUAGAACUACAAACAAUUGGUGAUCAUCAGAAGAUCUUGCUUGCAUACUUAAGUGCACCACGCUAUCAAGGCGCAGAGAUUGACAGAGGGCUAGUUGCAGAAGAUGCAAAGGCUCUUUUUAAAGCCGGGGAGAAGAAAUUAGGGACUAAUGAGAAAGUAUUUGUUCGUAUAUUUAGCGAACGAAGUCCAGCUCAUUUGAUUGCUGUCAGUUCUGCAUACCAUGAUAUGUAUGGAAACUCACUCAACAAGGCAGUAAAGAGUGAAACAUCAGGGAAACUAGAACUUGCGCUUUUGUCAAUCUUAGGCUGCGCAAAGAACCCCUACAAGUAUUUCGCCAAGGUGUUGAACAAAGCUAUGAAAGGGUUGGGUACUGAUGAUACAAAACUUAUCAGGGUCAUCGUGACAAGGACUGAGAUCGAUAUGCAAUACAUUAAGGCUGAAUACCUGAAGAAAUACGGGAAGACUUUAAACGAUGAAGUCCAGUCGGAGACUUCAGGCCACUACAGAACCUUCCUUCUCGCGCUUUUGGGUCCUAAGAACCAUUAGCAUUAACUUGAUGGUUUUUAAGGCCUGCUAAUGAAGUGCACGUUAUUGUGGUGUUUGUGAUUGUAAUUUGUAACAGCACACAGCUGUACUUUACUAGCAUUGCUUAUCAGUAUUCUCAGUUGAACAAUGUCAAUCUUUCUUGUUUAA